GGUCAGGAGCCUGGACACAAAUGAUUCCAAUUACAAGUUUCGCUUUGUUGUAUGGAGCAAAAGCUGGAAUUUACAUUUUCAGCGUGAUGUUGAUUCUUAUUGUUGGAGUCGUUUUUACGACAUCAAUAUGCACCUUCACUCCAAUUUGCACCAUCUCGUUUCCUGCAUUCUCACUCACCAAAAAUCAAAUAAAGGAGCAGAUCGCGGAAUUGACACGUAAUUAUGUUACACCCGAAAGUUUGACUGUCGCGACAGUCAUGGUACAAAAAGCUGUUGAUAAAUUUGCCAGUUCAAAUGUGAAUGAAAUUAAAGAUAAUACAGAGCCAAUUUCCUCUACUUCGACAAUCCAGCCACCGACUCCGACAUAAAAUAAAAUUGUAAUACUAAUCUACAAUUCAUGUGCCAUUUCCAUAUAUCUUGUAUUACAUCCAUUUAUGUCAAUAAAUGUUUCUAU